AUGGCAACGGCAUUUCCUCCAACGCCAGUCGCGUCUCCUAAGAUGUCCAACACUGGUAGCCUUGUUGGUAGUCCGGAAUCUUUUGUUUCCACCACUGUGACAGGGAACUUAGCUAGUAUUCCUAGUACACCCGAGUCCAUGACGAUAUCGCCUGUCUUAACAACACAUGAUGAAUUGUGCUCUCUUACCACUCACUCGGACACUACCCUCUUCUCCUCCUCUGCCACUAUUGCCAUCGCCACGCCUUCUUCCUGUACCUCCUCCUCCCACCAUGUUUUCCAAUCUUCGUCCAGGCACCCAUCGGUUCCCCACGAACCCCAGACGAACUUUAAUUCCUUGCCUCCUUCCGUUCAGUUGCAGAUUUUCGAAUUUGCUCUCCAUGAUGGAGGCUACGCGAAUCUGACACCUGAUCUGAUCGAUCACAGCGAUCCACGAUUCAUAAACCACAAUUUCUACACCCUGCUUUACAGGCAUAUGACUUUGCGAAUACUUCUACGCGUUAACAGGUUUAUCCGCGCGUUAUUCGAGCCUAAGCUCACUGAUCCGACGGUGGUCACUAGUAUGGCCCAGUUGAACGCGCUUAGCGGGUAUUCUUACCCUGAACAGGACCAGAAAAGAAAAGGCCGACAAAACCCGUCUUUCCAUACUGGUGAUUUCAACCUUUACGACAGCCAGACCAAUAUCCCAUGUCACGUAAAGCGAAAAAAGGUCGGGAAUGGUUCAGGGAAGAGGGCCCGGAAUCUGGUGCUGAUAAUUGCAAAUCUACCUGGUAUGCUUGACGCAAAUGUAGGACCGCCGAGAUUUCCUGAAUGGUACAUCCAGGACUGGAUGCGGUACGACUUAGAGGCUCUAGGGGUAGAAACACUAACCGUUCUUGCACCCUCGAAAGUCCUCGGACGACAACAGCAACCGCCGCCAAUGUUCUACACUCAACUCUCCCGAAUCAUGAUACCAUAA